AUGGUAACCAUUAGGCGUUUGUCCCGGCCGAUGGCACUCGGUACGAUAUUGGUUCUAGUGGUCACUAUCUGUCCAACGCAUGCAGCAGAAACCAAUAAUAAUCACACCACCAGCUCGCAUCCAAAUGAGCUGGAAGAAUUCGAGAGCGCCUUGACCGACUAUGUGGGCGAUUGGUUUAGUCGAAAUUCAAAGGAUUUAGUGGAAACUGCGUUCACUACGGGUCGACCCUUCGGGACAAGCAACUCGUCCACGUCGCUCACCAACUUCGACCGUGCUGUUAUCAAGGGAGUAGCUCGGUUUCUAGGUACAGCCGCGGACGUUGCCCAGAGCCGUGCGUCUUCGAAAGCACCCGAGUCGGGACGAUUGUUUUUCUUCAAAGGCAUGAAGAAACUGCUCUGGCCAGUCAUGAUUGGGCUGCAGAUAGUAAAAACCGUGCUGAUCAUGAUGUUCCUACCAAGCAUCAUCGGUUCACUGGGCAAAAUAGUGGGCAAAGGACUUUCGUCGGUUUCUGGUUUGUCCCAUCCGGUGCAGACAGUGGACGACUUAGACUUUAAGGAUACUACGUCCUACAAUGCGGAUCACGACUUCGGCAUGAAUGAUGGCUAUCUGCCUCCGGACGAUGCCCACCCAUCGGGGACAAGCUACAACUCGAUCGUUUACGAUCCAGCCUCAAUGGGCGCUCACAGUAAUGCGGCCAACGCACUAUCCCGGCUCGGUUACGGCGGCGGACGUGUAACGUACGUCGGACCAUCCAUGGCCCAGGCGGUGAACCGACGGAAGCAACAAUCGGCCAAGAACGAUUUCAAAAUAUUCCACGAUAUCCCGAGCAGCAGUCUGCUGUUGACGAAUUAUGAUCCGUUCUACAGCCCGCUGUUGUCCCGGUUGGACGCCAUCUUUGCCCAAAUGGGACUAUCCAACAAGGAGGAACAAUGCCGACAACGGCUCGUCUGCCUAAUGUACGCUAAUCCGGCCAAAUAUGCACCGUACAGUAAUCUCAUAUCGGCGCAACUGAGCAGGGAGUUGGAUGAGCUUCGCAAACCGACCAACGAUAAUCCGGACAUUCUGCGGUUCUUCAAGUACAUGCGAGCGGCCAAGGAUGGGCAGGACGGUGUGGACUGCGAUGCACACUAUAAGGACUGCAUCGGCUACAAGGAUCUAUCGAACCCGGCCAUGGUUACUACGUUCAACGAUAUCAACAAGCUCGUACAUGCCCGCAAACUGUAG